GCCUCCUCCUCCUGGCCAGGCCUCGCCCCGGGCGGCCGCUCUAUAAAGACCCCGGGACUGGCUGGCCUCUGGCACGGCCUCCCCGGGACCUCCCUCGCUCCGGACCAGCCAGCCAGCCCGACAGGUGAAGAACCAGGAAGAUGGUCCCACCUGCCUACUUCAGCCUGGGCCUCCUCGUCUGCCUGGCGAUUGUGACCAGCGGCCAGGCGGCCGAAUGCCCCCGGGGCUGGCUCUCCUACAACGGCCACUGCUAUGGCUACUUCCACCAGGAGCUGACCUGGAGUCGGGCACAGGCUUCCUGUCAACGCUACAAGGCUGACCUGGCCACCAUUCUGGACGCUGACGAACACCGUGCCAUCGCAGACUACCUGCACCGAGUCCAAUGGGAUGACGAGGAUGUGUGGAUUGGGCUCUCUGUCGCUGGCAGGAACCAGGAGUGGCUUUGGCCUGACGGCAGCAACACAGGCUACACCGCCUGGAAAAGGUUCAAGCCCCCUCCUUUUGUGAAAAACGAGCCCUGUGCCCUUCUGGAUGAGGACUCUGGUUUCAUGCUCUGGGACACCGACUCCUGCAAUGACCGGAACGCCUUCCUCUGCAAGCUGUAGACCGAGCACCGGUGCGUGGAGGACAUGGUCCCCCCUCCCCCAUGACCCCUCCUCUGAUGGCCCUUCUGUGCUUCACUCCACAGCUUCCCCCUUGCUCUGCCUUUAGCCCCUCCUGAAAAUAAACCCUUCUUGAGCACACACA